CCCCACUGGGACAUCUCUCUCUCUCUCUCUCUCUCUCUCUUCAUCUCUUCCUCUCAAAUCUCUCUCUCUUAGUGCUUACUACGUUGUUGUGUCUGUCUGUGUCUGAACCAAACUGAUGGCUGUGCAAGAUAUGGAGGUGUCGGAUGCGAGUGUUACGAAUGGAAACACCAACACGAGCUCCACGACCACCUCUUCUCCGCAGUCUCUCUCGCCUACUUCGUCGUCUUCUCCUCCCCCUCCCCCUCCUCCACCUCCGACACCGGUCAUUAUAAGCCCUUGCGCGGCCUGCAAGAUCCUGAGGAGAAGGUGCGCUGUCGAGAAAUGCGUGCUGGCGCCCUAUUUCCCUCCCACCGAGCCCGCCAAGUUCACUAUUGCUCACCGCGUCUUCGGCGCAAGCAACAUCAUCAAGCUCUUGCAGGACCUUCCAGAAUCGCAGCGAGCUGAUGCGGUGAGUAGCAUGGUGUACGAGGCCGGGGCAAGGAUCAGAGACCCCGUCUACGGCUGCGCAGGCGCGAUCUGCCAGCUCCAGAAGCAAGUGAGUGAGCUCCAGGCUCAGCUGGCCAAGGCCCAAGCCGAGAUCCUCACCAUGCAGCACCAGCAAACCAACCUGGUGACUUUGCUGUGCAUGGAAAUGGCUCAGUCGGCAUCUCAGCCGGCGCAACAGUUCGUCGACAAUCUAAUCGUCGCCAGUCCAACCAUCUACCAGACCAACAACAACAACACAAGCCCAUUCCUGGACGAGGCCAACGUCAUGGGGUCCGUGUGGGAGCCCCUCUGGACAUGAUUGGAUCCACCCUUUUUGUGGGGUUUUUCAACAGUUAUAAGAUAUGGCUAGUCUUUUUAACUCCUACAACUUUGAGAAUGUUUCCUAUGAAAUUCUCCUAACUCGCGGCUAAAAUAUAGCUCAAGAAGAGAAGGAGAGGCCAAUAAAGCAAAUUUGGAGCUAUUCCUCAAUAGGUAUAGUGGUGUACUAAGUGUACUAGAGAUAUUAGUCUAUAGGUAAAGGUAUGAACAGAAGAAUCGAGAGGGGAGAGGAGGAAGUUAGUUAGGAUCAUAUUGGUCACUUUGUUAAAAGGCUUUGACAAAGCAGAUAGCGGUCCUUUUCCUUCUGAUAUAGAUGUAUCGAUGUAAUAUUGGAGAGGGGAAAUUCUAAUUAUUGAAUCUUUAGCCA